UGGCUUCCGGAAUGAAGAUGAAAUCGAAUAUUGAAAGAUGUCUUGUAUAAAUUUCGAUUAGUUAUUACGUUGAAUUCUAUCAGGGAUGSUAUUUGAUGUUUUACACACUUAUUUACGGCAACGAUCGUUGGUAAAAGUAACUUUUGUUSGAUAAUUUGUGCAAAGAUACAAUAGCUUAGACGUGAGGUCAUUUGGAUGUCACACAAGAAGAGGCGAUCGUUACAAUUAGCAAAGAAUCGACCAACAAAUAUCCUCUAAAGUAUAACGAAUUCGUCUGCAUUACGUCACAUUCAYUAAACUGUCAAAAUGAAUUCAUAAGACUCAAUGUUUUCAUUCAAGUCAAAGAGUGCAACCCUGAAAGAUGGGAUACUGRAUCAGAUCGGAGAGCAGAUUAAAGCGCUUCAACUUGGUAAGCAAAAUGCAGAAGAAGAAGGGUUGACAGACUUCAAAGUKACRUCUGACAAUAUUCAUCUUCAAUGUCUACUUGAUUUACUUGAUCAUGUCAUGCUCCAUGGGCUUGAAAAUGUUGAGCAUGGAUACUGGCCUUAUGUCAUUAACCUCACACAUUCAGCUACCAUAGAUUUAAUAUCAAACCAUCCUCAAGUUACUAACGACCUGGAUAAAGGACGUGUGUGGGUGUUUAUUGCUUUAUGUGAUGGUCUUCUUGAAAGUUAUAUUCGGUUGUUUUUGGAGGAGCAAAAAGAAGUAAAGAAGUUUUACACAAGGCAUUCAUUUCUGAGAGAUAAGGAGAGACUUCUUGUACUUCAAACGCUAGUUUCUGGUUUGGAUUUUGUGAAUUUUGACUUACAUUUGAGUUAUCCAUAUUUGGGAUAUGGAGGUCUUCUUUCUCCCAGCAUUCAAGUCACUAGCCCAUCAUCUAGUAAAAGCACAAGUCCUCGAAUGUCAAGUAGUUCGUCCACAUUGGUUGGAUCACCAAGUAACAGCGAUGAACUAACGGAUAAACAUCCUUGUGACGUAGAUAAUCUCCAUAGUAACGGGCAUUUAAAGGGUUCUCCUAAAUCCAAUAUGAAUACGACAUUGCAUCAACUCAUCAAAUAUGAUAAAGACACUAAAAAGGUUGUCGGUAAUGAUCGAUCGUUGUCGGCGGAAAUCGAACAGCUAACAUUAAUGGAUCCCAGGAAUGCAAAGGUCGACGAAGAUAGCACCCGUGCAUUAACUAAUGCUGCUUAUAGCGAUAUUAUGAAUGAUUAUCGAUUUCGUGGAGACAGCAAUGCGUCAACUGAUGUAUCUAUGGAUGAACCGCUGGUAAAUCGUACUUAUAUACGUUCAAAUAGAAAGAAGAAGACGAAACAACGUGCGCGAUCUGAUCCAAAGCAAGCAGAGCAUCAUUACCCUACCCCUGAUGACAAAGAACAUUCAGUAGACUACGAGGACUUCAACGACUCUAAAGAUACAAGACACUUCACAUCAUAUUUAUCGGACUAUCGUCGGGACGUCGAUUCAGAGAGCUUGGGUAGUGCUGURUCACGUGAUUCCCUCGAUCAGUUCUGUCGUGACACUGAUUUCGGGUCCAGUCUUCACCUGGAAGGUAGUCCACAGGUCAAGGAAUGUGUUAACGAACAGCCAACAUUCGUAAAGGAGAACUUUGAAAAGACUGAGAAUAAGGAAGAGAGUGCGGCAGUUUUGGAUAAUGCGUCUUUAGAAUAUGAAGGUAUAAUAAUGAGUUUACCAAAGAGACCAAGUCUACAGGAUAUGCCAGGAACAGACUGUGAUGUCAGCUUGGACACAAAUACACUUUUGUUGCUAUCRUUAGAAAUCUACAAAAACAACGAAGAGCAGUUUCAUAGGAUGCUACGGACGUCGACUGGUCACCAGUUUGGACAAAUGCAGUGCGCACAUGUCAUGGUUACAGAUUUUGCGGUGUAUCUGUUGAGAAAAGUAAAGUUUAGAGAAGAAGCAAGCUUUCACACUGAUCUUUAUAUCGAGUUUUCAAAUAUCAAGUCAAUAGAGAUYGGGCUCAAUUGCCAAAUGGUUACAGUCCGAGCCAAGAAAGAAACAUUUCUUAUUUCAUUUGGAGACGAAGCUGUGUCAAGGAGUUUUAUCACCUCACUGACUUCACAGAUGGCUCGUGCCAGCCCUUCUCUGUCAUUAUCCAAUCUUGUAAGCAGUUCAGCAUUACAGCAGGAGGCAACGCUUACAAAAUGGAUGGCAAAAGAUAAACAACUUAAUAUGUCAAGUCCCAAUAUAUCUAACUUCUCAUUGGUUCAUUGGUGUGGCCUAACAGGCCGUGAUUCCAUCAUUGAAGUUAUCAGCUAUCAAAGCGUUAUGGAGGGGACAUUGGAAUUCAGGAGUCAAAAUCUUUUACGCAGCUCUCGAUGGACCGAAGGAUACUUUGUACUAACGAAUGGAACUCUGUGGCAAUAUCUGAAUCAGAAUGACAAGACGGCAAGAAAUAUGAUAGAUUUGAGAGAGUCUCGUUGUGGAGGGUGCAGACAACUUCACGAUGCAGAUCGCAAAUUUGCGUUUGAGAUCGUAUCAUCAGAUGGGACAGGAUCUCUUCUGGUUUUGGCUGCUAAAACUGAACACGAGGCUUGUGAAUGGAUAUUUAAAAUUUGUCAGUCAAUUGCUGAGUCUUACGAUGACGAGACAGACCGAGGUUGCACUGUCAUGAAGUGUGUUCCCUCUAAUCUCAUUACGACGAAAGAAAAGAUUGUUGUCUGUCUUGCACAACCGAACAAUGAAAACGAGUAUAAACUGAUAACGAGCUGUGCUCUGCAGAACAUUACGAAGAUUUACGUGGACAACGAAAUCAGAAAUUAUUGUAUCUUAAAAUUCGAAUACAAUGAAAUUGGAGGCUCUGAAGGCUCGUGGUUUAUUUCUUUCAAUUCUGAAUUUGAACUUGGUAAAUUUGAACAUUCUCUUGCUGAGGCUUGGCGGGAACUAUUCCAGGUCGAUUUGCAGUUUUUAGUCUUAAAAAAAAAUGAAUCACGUGACCAAGCAAGGGAAAGAGUGACUAUAAUUACACAAUAUGCAAAAAAAUGAUUCUACUAAAUUGUUAUAAUCAGUUUUUCUGAAAUGAAUAUAUAAUUGUUAAAAAAAUUAGAAGUAUUUCAAUUAAUGACACUUUUAGUCGUGAAUUUGACAGUUUUCUCAAAAAAAAGUCUUUUCACGAACAGGGAACCUCUUCUUCCGUACCACUUUACGCAGAUUACAAAAAAAUUUGUUAAAAUGGCGGGCACCCCCUCUACGUCGUGCAUAACUCUAUAUUACAGACACUUUACAAGACAAACACUUCUUCAUAAUGGUUCCAUUUCACAGAUCCUGUUUUUCAGAAAAAAAAGCACAUGCAUACCGAAUAGCUCUGAAUACAUACUCGACGUUUUUCUAUGAAAAUUUCUACUAAUUAAUGAAAAGGUAUAAAAGGAUUGACAGUAACUUUUGCCUCUGUGAUGAAAAAAAGUACAAUUGUAAUUAGCAGAAGUAUAGGAAGUGUUAAGGCCGAUUUAGACGACGAAAACGUUUGUGUUGCCUACAACCAUCGCAUGCAACAUGCGUGAGUCAUUCUUACAACAUGGCUACAACUGU